AUGCCCGUUUGACUGGGACUUUAAUUUUCGAGUACUAGUUUCAUGACACCCUGGCUCUUGUGACCUGAAAUAAAUUAUUUUCAUCAAAACUUUGUAGUAACGAAAUCUAAUUAUUUGAUUGUAGCCACCGGCAGGAAAUUAUGAAAACCCUGGAGAAUCUUGCUUAGGUAUUUUGCGGAAAAAUCAAGGUCAAUCUCUGAGAAAUGGAGAAUACUGGAUCACUGGCGAUAGUAGUGGACCUUUAAAGGUGUUUUGUGACAUGAUCACAGAUCAAGGUAACAUACCAUGGUAAAAUACGUUAUUUUUGCAACUGAUCUAGAAAUACAAACUAGAAUAAUGAUUACCGCAGAAAUUUAUCGUUUGUAAUGCUCGACUGUAUUUCAAAACAAUGUAUGCUUAUUUGAUUUUCAAAAUUUGAACGGAAGUUUUUUAAAAAUGGGAUCCAUAUUCCUGUACACUCUGUUUCUUGAUAGUGCCAGGUUUCUUAGCUUUGUCUAACAAUGUGUAACUGUUCUCAUCUUCUGCGUUAGUUUGCAUGAGUGAACAAUGGAUUGCACUGUCCAGUGUAAACGCAGAUCAGUAAUUCUUCCAGUACAUGCAAACACAUAAUAUGAGAUUCCAUUGCAGAAGAAAAGAGUUUCAAAAUAUGUAGCUGACAAAUAUUUGGUUUAUUGAUUCAGUAUCCGCAAGUAAUUUUAGAGGAUGACCUCAAACGUUUCUGUACGUCAUGUUUUCCUAUUAUUAAGUACCAUUCCAUCAUAUUCAAAUUGUAAGUUUUAAAAUAACGAGUAGCCCUCCUUACCCAAUCAUACAACUUGACCAUUUUCAUAUUUAAAUUGUUAAGGUGGUUGGACUUUGGUUAGCAACAUCGUUUACCAAUCUCCUGAAUUUGAUUGGCAUAUUCAAAAUGACUUCCGGAAAAUCAGCGAGUUGAGCAGUGGUGACAUUGUACUUACACCUCAUGCAUUGGGGAAACUCAAAGAUAACAUGUCUUUUAAACAACUGAGAUUUAAUUGUUUCAAGAAAAUACCAAGCCGUAUUAUCGAUAUUGCAACCACACAAACUCUCUAUGGAGAAAGAGUCGUCAAAUAUUUCACUUCUGAUAACAAUGAUUUCCCUAUAGCAUGCACAUCCUUUUACAAAUUGUACGAUGAUGAUUCACAACUUGCCUCCAGAAAUUGUUCAAAGUGGGGUACCAAAGGGUCCAAUGGCAAAUUUGGUCGAUGGUCUCAUGAGCAUGUGAUGGAAAAUAAUCGUUUAUUCGACCGUGUGGCUUUCAUCCAUGCUAAAAAUUAUUGCAGCGUUCUCAAACCAGGAAGUGGUCCAGGAAAUGGCAAAGAACGACGUUGGGAAUGCGACGACUUUAGCAACUCUCCUGCCUUUCAGGUCAGCUCGGGCGAUUUCUGGAAAGUGUUUGUUCGAUAA